AUGAAAUUUAUAUUCAAGAUAAUUAUUUUCCAAAAAUGAUUCCAAUGAUUUUAUUUCUCAAAUAGCAAUAAUAAAAAUUCCGCAGAUCUAUUUAUAGGAAAACAAAUUCAGCCGACUGGGAUUAGAAAUAUUGUGAAUUUGAAUAAAGGACAAAGCAUGAAAAUGAUGUUGCAGAGUUUAGAAGAGCACAAUUUGCUUACUAAUGGGACUGGAGUAUUGAUAGGAAAUGAGCUCAUGAAAUUUAUAUGGAAAUGGAGUCAUUUCUUAUACAGAAUCAGGAUUAGAAAAUGCUGGUAG